GUGGAAAUAGCAAAGGAGGACUUGCUCCCGUCGUGAAAUUCAGCGACCUGUUUUCCUCAAGCCUGUCUUCGAAUGUAGAAGUAAAGACAACAACGGAGAACGAACCUCCUCCACCGAAAAAUGAUGUAGCUGCAGCUCCUGCCCCGACGACGGCGAACGAUACAAGUAGGACCCUAGUGCCUACCGUUCUUCCAACCGAGAAUAUCUGGGACGCCGCGCCUAAGUUGUUCGACGAGAGCUGCAAUGUUUUCGAUGAAAAGAAAGACACCGACUCAGGAGAACCCUUAAAAACCGCGUCUGUACUAGUGCCACCAUUCGAAGAAGCUGCUGUUUCAAUAACGACAAAUGCCGCGCCACCAGUAGGAGCACAGGAAGAAUGCGUGGAUCCUGCUGAAGUUAUGCCACCUCCAGCAGUUGUUGCUGGAUCCGAGGUAGAAGCUUCAUCUGGUUCCGAAAUUGGCACGGGUAAUUCUGAAGCAGUAACUGUCGCCGUGCACGCUGUCCCCGGCGCAGUAACUACUUCUACAGCUUCUAGAGUUCCUGAUCUUCUUGUACAAGACGUCGCGGCGAAAAGGACAGGAGAGGAAGACGUAGCUCCUGUGGCCACGACUGCACAUGUACGAGCGCCAACAUCCUCUUUAGCAACAGCCAUGGCACGGCUAUAUCAGCAGGUCUCUGCGGCUGCUCCCGCAGUGUCUGUAGUCGCUCCUGCUUCUUCGUCCUCAGUUGCGCCAGUAGUUUUUACCGCAACUGAAGAAGAAGCGAAGUCGGCUCCUGUCGACGCACCAGUCGUUAUUGCUACAACGACCACAACGGAAGUAAAAGUUGAGUUGGAAGAUGGCAGGAGUUCAGAUGAGCAGCUGCAACGCAAAAGCGCCGUGAUUGAAGAAAUAACCUCUACUGGCAUUACAUCAGCGGAGCGUGUCCAAAACAAGAAAGAGGAAGGCCUAACGGCGACAUCUUCCUCCACUUCCACUGCGCCAGCCCUCAAUCUCCAAGAAAAGGAUAGAGCACGUCCUCCUGCAUCCCCUACUCGAGGACGUCAGAAGACGAACACGACUACUUCUAAUCUUACAACUGCUCCUAAAGAACCUCCUCAAGAAGAGACGUUUCGGAAAAUGGCUAUGGCGUCAGCUUCUGCGAAAUCGUCUUGGAAAACUGGGGCACCAAGGAAUCAACCAUUUCCAACCAUUUCAAAAGGCGCAGUUUCUACUUGGGCCAAUUUCAGAAUACAACAACAACAAGGAGGAGGACUCUUCACAGGCAAGCCAAGCAAGAACAUCAAGAAUGCGACUACAAACUCAAGAACUACAGUGGUUGUAGUAAACCAGCAUCAAAAUAAAACUGAAACCACAACUCAUCUGGUUACAUCUUUUUCGGACUCGAAGUCGGUAUUUUCUGCAAAUAAAGCUACCACUCCUGCUGCACCUCCACCAGGACCAGCUCCUCCGACGAGACCGCUCUUGCAACAGGAAGACUUCUUUCCCGGAUCCCAAGAUCUACUUCUCAAUUUUGCGAAUUGUGGUGCUGGGAUUUGUGGUCAGGCAGGGAGAACAACCGUAAACAUCAAUACGGAUUUGAUUUGAUCGAUAAUUGAAACGUAAUACAUAGAAAAUGUAUACUAGCACCACCACAGUUGAAUUCAGGUUGUCGCCUACAUAUAUAUAAUUUGAUUAUUCUUGGGAGAUGAACUAGUUACUCUUGCGUGGACUCGUCCAGAGAACUAGUACAUUGGGAGAACAAUUGAUAAAGAUAAACGACAGAAAGGGGAGAAGACAACAACUCUUGUACAAACUAUCUACAUCGAUGCGAUUUUUUUAGCAGAGCAAAAUAGAUGUUGAUGAGGCUCGCACUAUUAGACGGUAACAUAGCAGAGCAUUGAAGAGGACAGCCUAUCUUAGCAGAGCAUAUAUUUGAAAUUGAUUUGGAUUUUCAUCUAAAUCCAAAUUUAUGUUGUUUCUUGUGUAUUGUGUUUCUCUUACUCCCACGACACAUGAUGCUCAAAUUCCUGUAAUUCACCCGAAACGAUCAUGAACGCGAACAUAUUAGACCACGACUAGUUAUUUUAUUUAUAGUACCGUUCCGAUCUAUAACCUCGCGAAUCCGAAUCCUAAAAAUGUUAACAGAGAUUUAGGCGAUGCCAUGAAUCCUGGUAACAACAUCAAGUUCUGCAAGUAGUGAGAAGAAUUGAAUUCCUUUGUUGUGAACAGAUGUGCUGCAUAUCAUGGUUGGCCAAGGAAACCUGAAAAUUUCGGAACCACUAAUUUGUGAAUGUUUAGAUUUUGAGAAAAGAUGUCAAUAUUAUCAGAGGACCGACAAAUCUAAGAUCGACGACAUCUUUUAACACUGUGCGAUGGAGAU